AUGGGAUUCCUGUCACACUUUACCCACAGAGGACUUGUCCACUGGCAAGGGCUCCUGCUGAUUGUAUCCCUGUUAACUUUCUGGUGCCUUCCCACGAAUGCCCAACUCUCUGUUGUGUCAACCAAUGUUUCUGAAGGGGAGGAAGUGCGUCUGAGUCUCCACAAUAAGCCUCAAAAUGCUAUAGGCUACAGGUGGUUCAGAGGAGAAUGGGAAAUACCUUUAAAUCUAAUAGCAGGUUAUUUCUCAUUGACUGGAAAAGUUGAAAAAGGGCGGUUUUAUGAAGAUCGAAUGAUAUUAGACAUGGAUGGAACCUUGCUGAUAAAAAAGGCUGCCUUGAGAGACGCAGGAACGUACACUGUAGUGGCCUACCUUCCAAAUCAAGUAAAAGAAAUAGGAUUCGGACGGCUUGAUGUGUACCAGCCUGUGGGAUGGUCGUCCUUUCUCUCAGCCAGCAAAAUCACAGUUGCAGAGGGUGAUACCAUGGUCAUGAGCUGCUUUUCACGUGCACUUUCCAAUGAGUGGUUAUUUAAUGGCAUGGCUUUGCAGCUCUCAGAAAGAAAAGAGUUGUCCAAGGACCACAGAACUCUCACCAUACACCCUGUCCACAUGGAGGAUGCUGGUUAUUACCAGUGUAAAGUCAAUGACCCCUUACUUUCUGCUGAAAGUUGGGCCCUUAUGCUGUAUGUACAUCAUGAGUGA